AUGGAAUCGCUAGCAUCUAUUUCUCCUUCCAUAAUACUCCCUCCAACCACCACUACUCCGAUCUCUGUUUCAACUUCACGAUCAGUAUUGGUUCGUCUUCGUCCCCACCGUUGUUCUUCCUUUACCGGCUUGUCCAGCGCCGGGAGACGGAUUUCGAUUUCGAGAAGAAGACACUUUGUUAGCUGUAAAUCGACCGGCGGCGGAGGAGGAGGAUCAGAUAAAGUGGGCGGCGAUGAAGACGGAAGCGAGGAAGUUGAAAAGGCGCUUCACUUGGACGGUACGAUCCCUGGGACUUCCGAUGAGUUUGUAAGGCAAGUCUCGUCGCGUGCUUACGACAUGCGUCGGAAACUAGAGCAGACUUUUGAUUCCACCAGCUAUGACGUGUUGGAGUCUAAUCCAUGGAGAGGAGACUCAAAGCCUGUAUAUGUCCUGACACAGAGAGAAAACCAGAUCUGCACCAUGAAAACAAGAACAAACCACAGUGAAGUAGAGAAAGAGCUUGGACUGUUGUUCUCUAAAAGGAUCAACCAGAAAAAGCAGGCUAGACCCGAAACCAGAUUCGAUAUGCUUGUAGAAGACAUUCGAGACGGAGUACUGGUUUUCGAAGAUGUGAAUGAGGCUGUUCGAUACUGUGAUCUGUUACAAGGUGGAGGAAAAGGGUGUGAAGGCGUCGCUGAGAUUGAGGCUUCAUCUGUUUUUGAUCUUUGUCGGAAAACAAGGUCUCUGGCGGUGCUCUUCCGCCGUGGAAGAACACCACCCACGCCACAGACGCUGGAGCGUAACUUGGGAUCCCGUAAGCGUUCUCUCGAGGACUUGAGGGACGAGAAGUAA